AUGGAAGACAGUAAUGCAAAUGCAAAAAGAAAGCGUACGCUUGACAUUAUAGUCGAUUCACCCAAUAACUUAGAUUUGGACACCUAUAUUGCGAAUUAUAAAGGGCACACCAAAGUUGAUCGUUUACUCUUUAUGGCAAAACGAUGUCCUCCUCUACAGAUUGAUGCGUACAAGCUUGCCUUGCAAGAACUACGCGAUAACUCUUUAGAUCAUAAUAAAUAUCUUAACACUGCUAAUAAACUUAAUGAAGUUUUAGCUUCUCAAGGUUAUCCAUCGUAUCCUGUGGAUAACGCGUGGGUUGAAACGACUCAAAAACGCGCAAAGGCUGCUUUAGAAAGGUUAGAGGUUGAAUUGAAAAAUUUCAAGAAUAAUUUAAUAAAAGAAAGCAUAAGAAUGGGCCAUAAUGAUCUUGGAGAUCAUUAUUAUAAUUGUGGAAAUCCGACUAAUGGUUUAAAAUGUUAUUCAAGAACAAGAGAUUAUUGUACUACAUCAAAGCAUGUUAUAGAAAUGUGCUUGAACGUGAUCAAAGUUUCCAUCGAAUUGGGUAAUUUUUCUCACGUGCAUAGUUAUGUUAUUAAGGCUGAGUCUACUCCAGAUAUUCAACCUGUAGUGCAAGCGAAGCUUAAAGUUGCUGCUGCGUUGGCACAUCUUGAUAGUAACAAAUAUAAGCAAGCUGCGAAUUUGUUUUUGGAAACUAGUUUUGAGAUUUCUCAUCCUCAAAAUAAUUACUCUGAGGUCAUAUCUCCCAACGACAUAGCUGUAUAUGGUGGCUUAUGUGCACUUGCAUCUUUUGACCGUAAACAACUUAAAAAACAAGUGAUUGAUAAUACGGAAUUUAAGCAAUUUCUUGAACUUGAACCUCAUAUACGAGAGCUCAUUUAUGGAUUUUACAACUCAAAAUAUUCAAUUGUGUUGGAUAUUUUAGAGAGAUGGAAGAAUGAUUAUCUACUUGAUCUUCACUUACACAACCACGUAGAAAGUCUUUAUGACAACAUUCGUAAAAAGGCACUAGUACAAUAUUUCAGUCCUUUCCUUACCGUAGAUAUGAAUAAAAUGGCACAAUCCUUCGGAACCACUGUUCCAAAAUUGGAAAGAGAACUCGCUAAAUUGAUUACGGAAAACCACAUUCAAGCACGAAUUGACAGUCAUAAAAAGAUUCUGUGCGCUAAGCAACAAGAUCAUCGUAGUGGUAUAUUUCAAAAAUCAUUGAAGAUGGGCGACGAAUAUGAGCAGAGUACUAAUGCAAUGUUACUUCAACUACGUGUUUGCGUUACGCUUUGUCAAAUGGUUAAUUCUGAAGAUUCGUCGAAUGAGGGCUCUGGUCAAGUACUAUCCCACGCGGAAAGAGCUGCUCAAAAGCUGUCAACUGAAGAGCUUGAACGAAAAGUAAAAGAUGUUAUUCGACUUGCUUUGUCGUCAGAACUUCGCAAGAUUCCUUUAAAGCGCGAUGAAAUUACAAGAAAAAUAUUACACGAGCACUCUAGAGCAUUUACAGUAGUGAUGAACAAAGCUCGAGAACGUCUACGUGACAUAUUUGGAAUGGAUUUAGUGGAAUUGCCAGCCAAAGAAAAAAAAGCUGUUACGAGUUCUGGAACUACGCGUAGAGGUGGUGCAAAUAAGGACAAGUCAUCCUCGGCUUCAAAAUCAUAUGCUUUACAAACUAUACUACCACAAAAAUUAAGAGAGACUGGUUUGAUACAAUGGGAUCGAAAUGGAGAACAAGAAACUAUGGGACUACUCACCGUCAUUCUUUCUUUGAUCCAUGUAAAUGGACGCGUCUUAUCGGAUGAUCAACUUAGACACUACUUUCGCACCCUUUACCUUGAUAACAAUCCAAAUUUUGAAUUAGAAAAACUUUUGGCGAAUUUCGUCAAACAGGGAUAUUUAGACAAACAAAAGUCAGGAUUUGCUGACAGCUCUUCACAGGCUCCAGAAAAGGACCAUGUAGAAUAUCGAUGGGGCCCAAGAGCAAAAAUUGAAAUGCCAGAAGCAAAUCUUUGCGAUUUCGUCAAAUCAGUCUACGGAGAUGAUGCACCGCCAGAUAUAGUUAAACAAAUUGAGAGGGCGUCUGGAAUAGCGAUCGAAAAAUAA